AGGGCAGCCACUCAUUUAGCUGCUACGCAGGGCGUUGCUAUGGGGCAAGGUCCGACUCGGCCUGUUGCCGAUGGCGGCUGAGAUUUGGUUGGGAAACCUCCCGCACGAUCCAGACAAGCUGAAGGCGGCAGAGGUGGGGCUGGGCGCGGCCAUUUUCGGCCUCUGCGGUGCCAAGGCGGACUUUCGCUUCCACACGCGCGGGGGAUACUCUGAGGGCACAGGCCUUGGUUUCGGGUUUGCCCGGCUGCCCGACGACGCUGCCCGGCAACUCGUGGGGGUCGGUCGCCUGCAGUACACCUUGGAAGAUGCGACGGCAGAAGCCACAGUGCGCGCCAGCCGCGGCACCAACCUGGCAACGGCCUCAGGUGAGGGGCACGAAGGCUGUGUGACUGUGGACCUGGCUGCAACUUUCCAAGUUGAGACGGAUGUGGUGCCUUUGCUAUCGCAGUGGCGUGACAUCUUCGGCACGGUCCGCCUGGAAGUGCAGCUUGCAAGCUGGCAAGAAGUCUGCCAGAAACGCUUCGGCGCAGUGCUUUGGCGACCUCGGGAUUUGCGCCCAGAUGAUCCUUCUGCAAUCCUUGCUGCUGCUCGCACAGAAAGCUCGGGCGAGCGUGCUAUUGUCUUUGUUCAGACAGAAGCUAGUGAAGAAUCCGAGCAAAAUGAUGCUGCCAACGCUUUGCUUGUUGGGCUGCGUGGCCUUCCCUCAGUAGAAAUUGUCGAUUGGCCUUCUGUCCAUGAACUGUAUCCCUGCGCAAGUUAUGACCCAGUCGCAGCUGCGCUUGCAAUUGUGCUUCGACGGGCUACAGCGGCAUUUCUGAGCAACAGGCUAAAGGUGUUUGUGUCUGACUGUGAUUACACUCUUUGGGGUGGCGCGAUUUCCGAAGAAGGGGAGCUUGGCGUUGACUUGUCAGGUCCAUAUGCUGAGCUUCAGAAGAAGUUAGCAAGCUUGCAGCAAGCUGGGCGCUUGAUCUGUUUGGCCUCACGGAACUCAUCCGAGGAGGAGGUCCUUCAGGUGUUUUCCGCCAGACAGUGCCCUCUACGCCGCGAACACGUCGUAGCCUGUGAGGUGCACCUUGGGCCAAAGCCAUCCAGCCUUGAAAAGCUCUCCGAGUCGUUGGGCCUGGGCCUAGAGUCGUUCGUCUUCUUGGACGACAACGCCUUCGAAGUGGAGGACGUGCGCCGCUCGGUGCCCAGCGUGCUGGCGUUUCACGUCCCCGCGGACCGCGAGCAGUAUGCCACGUUUCUCCGGCAUUGCUGGGCGCUGGAUGUUUUCAGCGGCGCUUCCACGGACGAGGACAGUCGGCGGACACAGCUUUACCGGCAGAAUGCUGCACGACGAGCAGAGAAGGAACGGCACUCGAAUCUCCAAGAUUUUUUGAACUCUUUGGCCGUGAAGAUCAUAGUGCGCCAGUCCUCACAGUCUGACAUACAUCGACUGAGCCAACUGUCACUUCGGACGAGUCAGUUCAACACAACUCAGCUGCGACUGACUGAGGCGCAGGUGCAGUCCUGGUGUGUGAGCGGGCAACAGAUUCUGGUCGCGCAGGUGGCCGACAAGUUUGGAGACUAUGGGCUGGUGGCGGCCGCCUUCUGCUUCCAAGAGACCACGGCGCUGGUCGCCGAGUGCCUUGCGCUCAGCUGCCGCGUGCUGCACCGCGGCGUGGAGCAGCGCUUGCUGCGGGGCGUGGCGGAGCUGGCGCUGGCGGAGGGCAGGCGGGAGGUGCGCGUGCGCUUCCGCGCCUCCGGCAAGAACGCCCUGGCGAAGGGCUUCUUGGUGCGGCUGCAGGCAUGGUGCCUGGAGAAGGACAGCGGGUGCCGGGUUGAGGAGGAGCGCUCCGGUGUGAGGACCUUUGUCUUCCCGGCCAUUGCGCUGUCGCAGCUUGAGGAUCACGCGCUGCAGAGGUUCAGUGAGGUUCCAGAGGAAAGUUGGGCCAAGGAGGCCAUUCGCAGAGAAGCGCAAGUGCUGGCGUGGACGAACGUUGUAGACGCAGAAGACUGGAUGGGAGUGCCAAAGCCAGCAGAGCUGCCUGUAUCGUGGCAUGGCUUGCUCCGAAGGAUAGCAGAACUGGGUCCGCGGAUACCAAAAAAAACAUGCAAGUUUAGCGGAAUGAGAAGGUGCUGUUCUGCUGCUUUGGUCCUUGGUGGAAUGAACAAACCCAGUCACGUUGGAAAGCAAGCCCGUGAUACAUUCGAGUUAAUCACCUAUUUGAAGCAACACAUUGAAAGAUGGACUCUGAAGAGGGUUGCUUGCUAG